AUGUCGCGCUACGACCGCGCUAUAACGGUUUUUUCUCCGGAUGGUCACCUUUUCCAAGUAGAGUAUGCACUUGAGGCCGUAAAAAAAGGUACUGCCGCGGUCGCAGUACGCAGCCCUGAGUCCGUGGUUUUCGCCGUUGAACGCAAAGCAACUGCGAAGCUACAGGACCCGCGAACGGUUCGCAAGAUCGUGAAACUCGAUCAACAUCUUCUGAUGACGUUUGCCGGCCUUACUGCUGAUGCGCGUAUACUCAUCAACAGAGCUAGAAUAGAGUGCCAAUCGUAUCGCCUGACUGUAGAGGACGCGCCCUCCGUGGAGUAUAUUGCAAAGUACGUGGCGCAGAUUCAGCAGCGGUACACCCAGUCCGGAGGUGUUCGACCUUUCGGCAUCUCAACGCUUAUAGCUGGUUUUGACGAAGAUGGACAACCACGCUUAUUUCAAACUGAACCUGCUGGUACUUACCUUGAGUGGAAGGCGGCAGCGAUCGGCCGUAACGCUAAAGUCGUGUUGGAGAAGCUGGAGAAGCUCUAUCGCGAACCAACUGAUACCGCGGCAAGUAGUGCUGCCACACCGCCGGAGCUGAACCCGGCGUCUGGUGACCCAAUGGACGCGAUUGUUGUGGAUUCCGAGGCCGCAGCUCUGCGACUUGCGCUCUUAUCUCUAUUGGAAGUAGUCGAAAGCAGCAGCAAGAACAUUGAGGUUGCCGUCGUUCGUAGGCGCGGCGACAUCCACGUAUUCUCUGAUGAGCUCAUCGCACAACACGUAACACAGAUCGAAGAGGAAAUCAAAGCUGCCGAGGAGUCAAAAAGUCAACGACCUGCGGAAGCGGAUGCAGACGGAAUGCUGUGA